GCAGAAUAUCUCCCAUUGAAGCAAUUCCACUCCACCUUAGCCGUGAUCCAAAUGAAGCAAAGCGCUGUUGUUUUCUAAUCAUCAACAAUUAAGCUUCAACAUUCCGCAAACAAACGUGCCACUCAACGUCGGGCACAUGUUUUAAUCUUACAAAAGGCUUUUUACACAUGGGAUUGCGAUGACUAACGCGCUUAAAUAAAAGCCCCUUUUGGAUUUGUGCAUAUUAAAAGAACACUUACUUAACUGAUUCCAGAAUAAUUUGAAAGUAGGUACUAAUGCAAUACUGUACAGCAAUGAGAAGCUGGUUUAUCGAAAUGACUUUUUUUGGGUUUUUUUUGUUUCUUUCUUCACAUUUUGCUAUAUUUCUCUUCAAAGGGCACUUGUGCACAAAGCAAAUGCCUCGAUGGAUUUGGGAUUAGCAAUUGUGGACUUGUCUUAAGGGAUAAACUAGCAGCAGCGCGAGUGAAAGCCUCUUUUUGAGCGGCCUCCUUGACUUGAGUUGCAUGUGAGCAUAAACUGAGGUACAAGGAUAACCUGUACACAUCCAUCACGUCCCCAAACAGGAAAAAGGUGACGACCAAGGCCACUUCAGCGCCUGGAGGCAGAACAAACAUGGAGUUGGUUUAUGCGCUUUUAGGGGACAACGCUUGGCUGUACAUCAGCGGCACCUUUGCCGUGUUGUGGAUGGCCGCGUGGCUGUACAGAGACAGCCUGGAAAUGGAAGAGGUAGCCAACAAAUACGUCUUUGUGAGCGGCUGCGACUCGGGCUUCGGAAACCUGCUGUGCAAAAAGCUGGAACGAAAGGGCUUCCGCGUGCUGGCCGGCUGCCUCACCCAAAAAGGAGCCGAGGAGCUGAAGAAGAUGACGGGGCCCUACUUGAAGACGGUGCUGCUGGAUGUGACCAGUCAGGACAGCAUCCAGAAAGCCAUGGAGUGGACCAAGAAGGAGGUUGGCGACAGUGGCCUGUGGGGUAUCGUGAACAACGCCGGGCGUUCUCUGCCCAUGGGCCCCAGCGAGUGGAUGAAAGUGGAGGACUUCCACAGCACGCUCAAGGUCAACAUGAACGGCACGAUCGGCAUGACCGUCACCUUCCUGCCUCUGGUCAAGAAAGCCGCUGGGCGCAUUGUCAACGUGGCAUCUGUGCUGGGCCGGGUAGCGGCAAACGGCGGCGGCUACUGCAUCUCCAAGUUUGCUGUGGAGUCCUUUUCCGAUUGCCUGAGGAGAGACAUCAACUACUUUGGGGUGAAGGUGUGCAUCAUUGAGCCAGGUUUCUUCAAGACAGCCGUGACCAGCUUGGAGCCCAUCGAAAGGGAACUGCACCGCUUGUGGAACCAGCUCAGCCCUGAAGUGCAAGCCAGCUAUGGGGACAAAUACCUGGACAAGUACAUUAGGAUCCAGCGCUUCAUCAUGAACGCCAUCUGUGACUCGGAUUUGACCAAGGUGACGAGCUGCAUGGAGCACGCGCUGACCGCCGUCUACCCUCGGACCCGCUACAGCGCCGGGUGGGACGCCAAGCUUCUGUGGAUCCCGCUAUCCUACAUGCCGUCCUGCGUGGUGGAUAUGGGACUCAAGCUUGUUCUGCCCCGUCCGUCUAAGAGCGUGUGACUGGACAGCCAAUAGCGUGAGUCAUUCUCCCUGUGAAAAAAUGGAUCGUUGUCCAGAAUCACUUGGUCUAUCAUUACAAAGGGGCAUCAUGUCCCUCAUAGAACUUACUCAUCUAAUGUGCCUUUUGCCAUCAAAUGUGGCUUCUUUAUGUGAACAACAAAAGGAUACAGUU